UUUGGCGCAGCAAUGGCCGUCCCUCGUGGUAGUCAAUGAGAACUCUUGACUCUCGAAACAUGUAAAGAAACGCAGUUUGCUCUCAAUUAACACCAUGACGAACAUGCGUUAAGCACAAAAUAAACCAAAGAACAGCAAGCCGACAGUCUUGCCUGAAAGAAUGCCUUCUUCGAACAUCAAACGCAAGAAAAAGCCGGGACCCACGAACUCUCCGACUUCGAACGGAGGUAGUGGAAAUUACACAGAGACGGCAAUGGACGAGUUUCUGGCCCGCUUGAACUUGUACAGAAAGCCAAUCGCGAAGGAUGGCUCCUGUCUUUUUAGAGCAGUGUCAGAGCAAGUCUACAACUGUCAAGCCAAACACCUCCAAGUCCGUAAGGAUUGCAUAGACUUUAUGAGAAGAAACAGGGAGAAGUUUGAAGCGUUUUUGGAAGGACCAUUUGAUCAUCACUUAUUCAGACUACAAAACCCAAAGGAAUGGGCAGGACAGGUUGAAAUAAGUGCUCUUUCACUGAUGUAUAAGAAAGACUUUGUUGUUUAUCAAGACAUCAAUGCAGAACCCACCAAGGUGACUGACAACAAUUUCAAAGACAAGAUCCUGCUUUGCUAUUCAAAUGGAAACCAUUAUGAUGCUGUUUAUGACAUGAAAUUCCAGAAGAUCGCAGCCAUGUGCCAAUCUGUGGUAUAUGAGCUCUUGUAUCAGAACGUGUUUGGAGAGCUGGACAGAAAAUGUGGCUCCAGACAGAAUUCUCCUGGUGAUCUGAACAGCAUGGGAACAACAAACUUCUAUCAGAAUGGCCUUGGAGAUGAAGGGUCUUUCAAGGAGGAUGGAGAAGACAACUCUGGUUGGACAGAGGUUGUUAGAGGAAAAAGUAAAGCAAAAUCUGCUCGUCAGAACAGAGGUUAUGAUCAAGAGGAACUCAGGGAAGAGCCAGCAAAACCAAACUUGGAUCAGAAACAUGGAUGGCAAGCCAAGAGGUCUCUAGACAAUGAACUGUACAGGAAUGUCGAGCUGGAAGUGUGGGAGGAUUCUAAAAAUGCUCAAGAACAGCAGGAUCAGUGUUUUGCAGCAAGUAUUCAGUACCAGCGAGGAGAUAAAUGCUUUGCAUGGUUGGGGCCACCAGAAGCUCCAGACAAAGUUUAUGAGGCCUUGGUUGUCUAUAGCCUUCCACUCCAAGGAAGAAUUGAGGUGGAGGUUCCAGAGCUUCAAAAUAAACGUUUUAUCAUUCCUCUGGAAAACUUGAAGCCCUCUGAUAAUCAACAAGAGUUGAGUUACAGAGAUUUAACUGGCUACUACAAAAAAUCUGAAUCCGGAGGUCCCUCUUAUGUUGAUGGUUUGCGAGAUGACGGGAAACGAGGAAGGAGAAGGAAUAUUCAAGGAAGAACCCAGAGAGGAUACAAGAGUGACGAACACAGUGAAGAUGCAGCAGGUCGGAAGGGUUUUCAGGAUGACACCUUUCCCAGACCAAGAGGUGGCCCAGGACCACGUGGGAGGAUGAGAGGCCGUGGCCGCUUCCAAAGGGGAAGAGACGAGAAACAGCUUCAAAAGGAGGAAGAUGAAGCAAAACAGAUUGCAGAACAAGCUAAGUUGGCGGAAUUACAAGGAAAGGACCCAGCGGCCUUCCCUGCUCUACCAACCCAGCAAGCUGAAGAGCGGACCCCUUCAUCUGAAGCUGCACCUGAUCAAACCCCUGCAGAGUUCUGGAGCCGCUUGAAAAACAAUCAGCUGAAGCCUACCGGUCCACCCAAAGAAAACCAUGUCAGCACAGAAAACAAACCUCCAAGUGUCUUGACGGUUAAUCAGCACCAGUCACAUGGCGAGAAAGAACUGGAAACUGAGAAAGAGAGAUUUCUGGCCAAAGAAGUGAAAACACCUGUGGCUCUGGAUAGUGAGAGUGCAACUAAAACGGAGAGUUCGUCUCUUGAAACAAGCAGUGUUCUUGGUCCUUUGGAGAAUGCAAAGAAGGAACAAAGUGAUACUCAGAAACAACCUUUGCCUGUAGAAAAGGAACUUUUGAAAGGCAAGAUAGACCUUCCGAAGGGGCGUCCAUUGAAUGAAUUUAAACAGCACACUACAGCAUCUUCGUCAGAUCUGGAAAGUGUUCCACAAACGUCCAACAUGGAAGAAAAUAAAUUAAUGGAUUCUGCUGAGACAAAGAGCGUUUGGAUAAAAGAUUCAAAUGAAAGGAAAGACGUAAAAACGCAGGAUAAAACUCCCGACAGUAGCGCCAAACUAUUGGAACAAGAAACAAAAAAGACAGAAGAGCUCGUUGCGAAGCCGCAAGGAACGCGAGGAGUGAUUCGUGUGUCCAAUGUCAGUAACAAAUCAAAGCAGGCCAUGGUCAGUGAACAUCAGGAGGAAGCCUCGAAGGAGGAUGGUAAUUUGUUCAGAAAAGAGGACUCUAUUCCUAAAGACACACCGAACCUCAAAUCAGCGCUGGCAGGAGAAGGUUCUGCAUCGACCUCUCCUGAGAAAAAGACUGUGACCUUUGCCGAGCCCCUUAAUGGAGGCGGUGAAAUUAAAGUUCUGCAUUUAGCUGGUAGAGAUGGAAAGAGAGAUGUGGUUGCUCCGCCAACUCUAGUUUCCGUUGUGAUGAAACCUCCUCCUUCAGAUAUUGCAGAGAAUUUGCCAGUUCCCCACGUGCCUGCUAACAAAGCUGACAAAAACACGAGCGAAGACGAAGCCACGAAUCCCCAAGCCUCCAUACCCACCCUCGACAGUAACACUCAACAACAGUCCCCCACCCCCUCCCCCGCCCCUGUAGACACCAACCAGAGCAAUGAAGGAGCAGACCCUGUGCCGUCCAGCUCCCCGUCAGUUGCACAACAGCAUCAAUCGUAUAUUCAGCUGCCGUUCCUACCCGUUAUGUUCCAACAGCUGCCGAACAUGACCAGCCAUCCACGCAUGCCUCAAGGGAUAUCGAUGGAAAGCGACGGUUCCGAUUUGCCCGAUGACCCUAACACUCUCCGAUAUUUCUUCAACCUUGGAUUUCAGUACCAUGUCCACAUGUGCAAUCAGCAAUGGACCAACCAAAACAUGAUGUAUUAUCCGUUCUACCAGAUGCCUUCCCAGGAUCACAUGGGGGUGCAUCCCGCGGUUUCAAUGCCACAGCCUGGUAACCCUGGGGUACCACAAGUUAUUUAUCAGGCUCAGCAAAUGCAGGGCUACCACCCCCCUCAAAUUCAGCCAGUUGUGCAAGAGGGCACAAGUUUUUCUGACCGUAAUUCUUUGGACAGAAGCAGUCCCGGGCAGACACAGCAACAACAAACUCAGCAGCAGCAACAACAACCGCAGCAACAACAAGUUUUGCACCAAGGCCCGCCGUUCGUACCCAACCAGCACCAUCCCACACCCUGGCGAGGGGCUCAAUCGAUCACUCGGUAUGGCCAGGGGAAACAUAUGCACAUGGGUGGAUACAACACACCGCUGCAAAACCAACAGAAUCCUCGCGGGCCUAUGCAACAAGGAGCCGGAAACCCUAAGCCGUAUCACAAAAGCAAGAAACAUCAGAAGCAUCGCAACGAUCAGUUUCUCUUCGGCGGAGCGCAGUCACAGCAUGCGCAGAAUCAAGGCCAACCUAUGCAUGGUGCGCAUGCUUUUCAAACUGCUGCCCAGCCCGCUAGCUCGUCUUCCAAUGCCUUUUACAUGCCAGGAAGCGACCAUGCCGCUGGAAAGGGGUCUGGAGACUAUCAUUAUCAUGGUAACCAACAAUUUAUGAACUAUCACGGCAAUGUCUCUUCAAGCAUGACACAAGCGCCGCAUUCCGCUGGUAACACGCGGGCGCAGCAAUUUUCUUAAAGCGGAACAGGAUUGAAAUUGUCUAUUGAAGGCCUAUGUCUCGGAUAAAGACUGUCUUGUGAUGGUAGCUGAAAAGCUAACGGAAUGGUUUUGAUAUGUAAUUUAAAAGUGUCUUUGACAGUGAGGAGCUGGAGGAAAAAAAUACCUACGACGACCUUAAGUUUCAAUAUGGCUCUCUUUUCGCCGCAAUGUAGCAGCAAUGUCGAUUAAGCCCUGUCAUUACAAUGCGCACAAAAUGCCGUUGUUUUAAUUAUAAUGCUGAACAGAGCUGUUUCGUGGGCCCAAUAUGACAGCUAUGUUGGCGUAGUGCGCGAACAAUAGUGGAAAAGUAAAGGUUUUGUAUUGGGCCAACCGUACGGGUGGAUUGUGGUAAUAUGGCUGCCUUACUGUCCUAGACACUUCGUUUUCAUGUUUUGUUUAGCGUUAUGUUUAUUGUAGUUGUGGUGUUUUGUGUUAGGGAAUAGCCAAAUAAAAAUGUGACGCGACGGAA